AAUGUGCUCUCACAGCCCACGCCCAAUGCGUGCACCUUGUUCCAGACUUUUGCGGCAUGUCGAUGGCCGUGGCAAAUCAGAUUCUAGAAGGCAUCAGAUCGACAAAGAAGACGCGCCAGCAGAAGGCAUCCUCCAUGUCCGACCGGACGCUAAGAGCAGGGAGCAAGGGAACCACGAGCAGUGCCCAAUCAGGCGCCUCUUACUCUCCGUCUGCCUACAGUGGCCAGACAGCAUCCCCUGAGGCUACCGAAGCUGCCAAGCUCAUGUACAACCAGACGUCAGGCCAGAGGCCUGCCGGGCCCGAUCGGACAUCGACUGCCUCGACCACCGCUUCUGCGGCAGCUGCGGCGGCCAUGGCCCCAAAACCAAGCACUCCCCCGCAGCAGCAGGUCGGCCAGAUCCCCGACUUUGGUCCUGGACAUUAUGGUACUGCUGGAGGCUAUGGACGCACGGCACAGCAGGAAGAAAGUCCGUACGGCGGAGGACAGCAGCAGCAGUCGUAUGGUCAGCCCCAGCAACGCAAGUACAAUCCGGCAGAUUACGCCAACAUCGGAGUACAUCCUGGUCAGCCGCCUGUCCAGGCGCGUCCCGCGCAGCAACAGGUUGUCCAACAGCAGUAUAUGCAGCAGCAAAUGUACCAGCAACAGCAGCAGCAGCAGCCCAUCGCUGCGCCCAAGCCGCAAUCCAUGGAGCCGCAGAUGACCACCGUUUCAGGGAUUCCGGUGCCGACAAAGAAACCCCUUCCCUCAGCAACGGAUCCGGGUACGGGUCAACGCAUCGGUCUCGACCACUUCAACUUCCUUGCCGUGCUGGGUAAGGGUAAUUUCGGCAAGGUCAUGCUGGCUGAGACGAAGCGGAGUCGUAAACUGUACGCCAUCAAGGUUCUUAAGAAGGAAUUUAUCAUUGAGAACGACGAGGUCGAGAGCAUCAAGUCGGAGAAGCGCGUCUUCCUGAUUGCCAACCGCGAGCGCCACCCCUUCCUUACCAACCUGCACGCCUGCUUCCAGACCGAAACGAGAGUCUACUUCGUGAUGGAGUACAUUAGCGGUGGGGACUUGAUGUUGCAUAUUCAGCGCGGGCAGUUUGGCCUCAAGCGGGCGCAGUUCUACGCUGCCGAGGUGUGCUUGGCGCUCAAGUACUUUCACGAGAACGGCGUCAUCUACCGAGAUCUCAAGCUCGACAACAUCCUCCUGACGCUCGACGGGCACAUCAAGAUUGCCGACUACGGUCUUUGCAAGGAAGACAUGUGGUACGGCUCGACGACCAGCACCUUCUGCGGCACCCCCGAGUUUAUGGCGCCCGAGGUAAGUCCUCUGCCUCUGUGACUCUACCCAGCUACCCACUAACGUACCCCAGAUCCUGCUGGACAAAAAAUACGGCCGGGCCGUUGACUGGUGGGCCUUUGGCGUGCUCAUCUAUCAAAUGCUCCUGCAGCAGUCGCCCUUCCGCGGCGAAGACGAGGACGAGAUUUACGACGCUAUCCUCGCCGACGAGCCGCUCUACCCGAUCCACAUGCCGCGCGACAGCGUAUCAAUUCUGCAGAAGCUGCUUACGCGCGAGCCCGACCAGCGGCUAGGCAGCGGCCCCACCGACGCCCAGGAGGUCAUGUCGCAGCCCUUCUUUAGGAACAUCAACUGGGACGACAUUUACCACAAGCGGGUCGAGCCGCCGUUCCUGCCGCAGAUCAAGAGCCCGACGGACACGAGUAACUUUGAUAGCGAGUUCACCAGUGUUACACCCGUCUUGACGCCGGUACAGUCUGGUAUGUUUCUUCUCGUCUUCUUCCCUUCUAUUUCUGUG